GAAUACAUUCUGUCUCAAGUAGUGUUCUGCAAGCUUCUGUUCAUAAUGGUUGUGUCAAUGGACAAAUGGUCUGGCAAAGUCGCCAUAGUAACUGGCGCUGCUUCUGGAAUCGGUGCUGCAGUUGCUGACGCCCUAGUGGAAAACGCCCUAAUUGUAGUAGGUGUAGACUGCCGCCCAGAACUUGUAGAAGAGCACGCCAAAAUCCUCUCCAACAAAAAAGGGAAACUCCAUGCUUUCAAAGCCGAUCUCCGCAAAGAAGAAGACAUUCUAUCACUCUUCAAGUGGACCACCAAGAAUUUAGGACCCGUUCACAUUCUGGUCAACUGUGCGGGGAUUGGGUCAGCUGGAAAACCCUUCACUAGCGGAAAACCGGAAGAAUGGAGAGCACUUUUUGACGUGAACGUGAUGGGUGUGUGCAUUGCUAUUAACGAAGCAGUGAAAAUCAUGAAAGAGAAUAAAAUUAAUGGUCAUAUUGUUAACAUGAACAGUCUAGCGGGUCAUCAGGUUGUAAAUAUUCCAGGUUUGAAUGUUUAUGCUGCAUCUAAACAUGCCAUAACGGCUCUUACGGAAACGUUACGACAAGAAUUUAAUCAUCUUGGUAUCAAAAUCAAAAUUACUAGUGUUAGUCCGGGUUUUGUUGCUACUGAAAUGACACUUUAUAAUAAAAAUAAUACUCCAGAGAGGGUGGAGUUUUUGAAAAGUAUGCCGUUUUUGAAAGCUGAGGAUAUUGCGGAUGGAAUAAUUUAUGCGUUGUCUACACCAGAGCAUGUCCAAGUUCAUGAACUAACCAUCAGACCUCUUGGUGAAAAAUAUUAGAGUAUUGUUAUCUUAAUUAUCGUGAAUUUAAUUAUUAAUAUGUGUAUUUAAUAAAUAUAUGUUUACCAUU